GAGUUUUCUUCCCAUCACCAUCUCACAUGCAUUUUGUCGAAUUUCGCUGAAAUUAUUAACAACCGGUGAAACAACUGCUCUAUUAAAUCCAAAAUUUCCGAGAAACGCCCGCAGCAACUCUAUCAAAAUGGACAAGAACAGCGCAGCGUUGUACAAAAAGAUGCAGACCGAGGUUGAGUCAUACCAGAACCUGCAGAAAUCCUGCGUUAAGAUGGUGAAACAGCGGGCCCUGCUGGAGAGCCAGCUGAACGAGAACAAGUGCGUCCUGGACGAACUGAAUCUGCUGGGACCCGACAACAAGGUCUUCAAACUCUGCGGCCCCAUUUUGGUCAAACAGGAACUGGAGGAAUCGCGCCAGAAUGUCGGCAAGCGCAUCGAGUACAUCUCCAAGGAGCUGAAGAGCUCCAGCGACACUCUGGAGAACAUGGAGAAGGACAUGCUGAAGCAUCGGGAGGCCGUGACCAAGUACCAACAGCAAUGGCAGGUGGCGGCGGCGAUGAAGUGAUGACCCCCGCCCACACAACCCUCUAAUUUAUAACUUAUUUUGGUAUAGCUUGAUGGCUUUAAUAACUCAACUGGCGCGACAGCUUCAUCUUGAAAUCAAUAAACAGAAUGAAACAUUCAGGGGAGUA